AGUAAAGCCAGCCACAGUGCCAGACAGUCGGCUUGAGCUGCGACCCAGUGGAGGUGAUGAUGGCGGCAGCUCUCGAGAGAGGAGGGCUUCGGGCCGCCUUCCUGAACCCAGGCAGCGGUGGUGGUGGCGGACCAGCACCGACAGCCGUCCCGGCUGGAGCGGGAGCCGGGGCGCUCGUCCUUGGUUCGGCUGGUUCCGGCCCGAUUCCUGUUCCCAUGAACCUUUUUGCAACCUGGGAAAUAGACCGUUCUUCGCCAAGCUGUGUUCCGAGGCUCUGCAGUCUUACACUUAAAAAGCUGAUUGUCCUCAGAGAGCUGGACAAAGAGCUCAACUCUGUUGUCAUUGCAGUCAAAAUACAGGGCUCCAAGCGUGUCCUGAGGUCAAACGAGUAUGUCCUUCCCCCCAGUGGUCUCAUGGAGACAGACCUGGAGCUCACCUUCUCCCUACAGUACCCCCAUUUCCUGAAGAGGGACGCCAACCGGCUUCAGAUCAUGCUGCAAAGACGGAAGCGCUACAAAAACCGCACCAUCCUGGGAUACAAGACGCUUGCGGUGGGGGUCAUCAACAUGGCAGAGGUGAUGCAGCAUCCUACGGAAGGAGGCCAGAUCUUGGGUCUCCAUAGCAACGUGAAGGAGGCUCCGGCCCGCGUGGCCGAGAUCAGCGUGUUCUCGCUGUCCAGCCAGCCGAUCGACCACGAGGACGCCAGCGGCCAGGCCGGGCCCAAAACCAAGACUUCAGAUCGCUCUCCUGAUAUGGAUAACUAUUCAGAGGAGGAUGAUGACAGCUACUCCUCAGAACAGGAGGCCAGUGACGAUGCGGUGCAUGGGCAGGACAUAUACGAUGAGGAUGAUGAGGUACGGAAGCCGAAGAAGUCACGGAGGAAAAUGAUCAGAACCACCUCGAUGACAAGGCAACCCAACUUCAAGCAGAAGUUUGUGGCCCUACUCAAGAGGUUCAAGGUGACUGACGAGGUUCUGGACUCGGACCCGGUGGACCAGACCCAGGAGGUGGAGGAGGAUCUGGACCUGCUGUACGACAGCCUGGACAACCAGAGCGACAGCGGCCCCGAGAUGGAGGACAACGAGAGCGUCAUGAGCACACCCAAACCCAAACUCAAGCCGUUUUUCGAGGGGAUGUCCCACUCCAGCUCUCAGACGGAGAUCGGCAGCCUACACAGCCAGAGGAGUCAGCCUCGCGACCGCAGCUGUGCCAGUGCUGACUUUUUAUCGGUGGCAAAGUGUAAGCCAUCAGGGACUCGGCACCAGGAGGACAUCAACAUGGAUUCCUCAGCAGGGGAGGUGGAUGUGGAGGACUUCGGGCCCGUGGUCGGGGAGGUCAGCAGCUGGGAGGCGAACGCUGAGCGCCUGGCCAACACUGUGAGCAAACUCUGCAAGAUGGAGUCCCAGAACCACAUGUCACCCAGUAAACUGGAGAGCCGUAUGCAGCGUCGCGCCCGCAGCACCUCCAUGAAGGACCGGCAGAACUCGCGCACCCAGAGCGAACGGAACACCAGCAUGGACAGCGAGUGCUCCCCAGAGGCCCGGCUGGUCACACAGGUACCCAGGAAAUCGGUGUACGACCAGCUGAACCAGAUCCUCAUCUCAGACGAGCGGCUACCUGAGAGCAUCAUCCUCAUUAACACGGUGGACUGGCAAGGCCAGUAUGUGGCUGACGUCCUGCAUAAGCAGAAUCGGCCCAUUGUGUGCACUUGCUCCGCUGCAGACGUGCAGGCUGCCUUCAACACCAUUGUGACCCGCAUCCAGAGAUUCUGCAACUGCAAUGCGCAGACGCCGCCCACCAUCAAGGUGGCCGUGGCGGGAGACCAGAGCUACCUCAGCACGGUGCUGCGCUUCUUCGUGGAGCAGCUGGCCAACAAGACGCCCGAUUGGCUCAGCUACAUCCGCUUCCUGGUCAUCCCCAUCGGGUCCCAUCCGUUGGCAAAGUAUGUGGCGUCAUUGGACAGCAAGUUCAACAGCAUCUUCAUGGACACGGCGUGGAGGGAGCUUUUCUGCAGGCCAGAACCGCCCUCCACAGAUAAUCUUGAUGUGGCUGGAAGGAUUAUCCAGUACCUGGCUGGUGCCAAUGUGUCCCAUCAAUUCCCAAUCUCAGAGGCCAUGCUUACCUACAAACAAAAGAGGAAGCGAAGCUUGUAUUUUGAUUUUUACAUCAGCCCUGACGAGGACUCUUGCCAAAAAUUUGUGCCAUUUAUCGGGGUUGUGAAAGUAGGCAUUGUCGAGCACAGCCUCUCCACAUCAGUGGACUCGGACGAUGCAAUGGGCACUUCUCCGUCCUCCCAAUUUGUGGUCCCCCACGGGAAGGAGAUGUGUGGAACCCCCCCUCCCUCGCCCUCCGUGUCAGUCGGUCUGUCUGGAGCUGGUUCUCCGUGCGUGGGCGGCGAGCUGAUGGGCCUGCAGGUGGACUACUGGACGUGGCAGGGCCCGGAGAAGAAGCGGGACGGCGAGAAGAGGGAGGUGGGCCUCAAGAACACGCUCAAGAGCAACUUCCGCUCGCUGCAGGUCAGCCGGCUGCCCUGUGGUGGGGAGCUCACACCGCCGCCCGGCAUGGCCAUGACCGUGGUCACCAAGGAGAAGAACAAGAAGGUGAUCUUCCUCAGUAAGAAGCCCAAGGAGAAGGAGUUGGACUCCAAGAGCCAGGUGAUUGACGGCAUCAGCAGGCUGAUCUGCACGGCUAAGCACCAGCACACCAUGCUCAGAGUGUCCAUUGAUGGAGUCGAGUGGAACGACGUGAAGUUUUUCCAGCUGGCCGCUCAGUGGCCCACCCACGUCAAGCACUUCCCCGUUGGCCUCUUCGGCUACAGCAAGCCCAUGUGACCUUACCUGACAUCCUCCAGCAUCUCCACACUCUGUCCUGGGCUCUCAGAGAGAGAGAGAGAGAGAGAGGGAGAGAGAGAGAGAGGGAGGGAGAGAUGGACAGACAGACAGAUUCAGGGAGAGAGGGAAAGAGAGAGUGGGGAAAGGAUGAAUGGAGAUAGGAGAGAAGCCAACUCAUCGGGACAGUAAAAUGGGUUCCCAUGGAAGCCUUUUGCUGCUGCAAAAGUGUUGUCAGAAACACAAUUUUUUUCAUCAUUGUUAUUAUUGUUGGUCUGUUCAUUAUUUUUGAUGGGGUUUUUUUACACUAUAUGGACAGAUAUAAAGUAAUAUUUUGUAUGUAUGAAUCAUGCUGCCUCCUCUAAGAACAAGUUUUUUUGUUUGUUUUUGAGUUUCGACAAAUGGCCACCUUAAGAUGAUGGCAGCUGUGUUUGCACUUUGUGUGUUUUUUUUUUUUUUUUUGCUCAUCCAUUUGUCACCUUUUAUUAUUAUCAUUUCCAUGAAAUCCUGUGUGUAACGCUGUCAUGUACGCAGUGGAAAGUAGAGUGUUCUGAGGAAGUAAGGAACUUGAAAGUGGUGUGUAUGUGGCUGUGUGUGUUGGUGUAGAUGGUUUGGUGUUCAAAAAUAAGGAAUAUUGCUGUGAAUUUAGAUAGGGACUCCUUCACCUUGAUGCAGUGCGCUGUUUUUCUACCUUUAUCCUGAAUUUUAAUUUUGAAUGAUGUUUGUUCAUUUUCUUGUUGUUUGUUUUCUUUCGAAUAUGAGAUCUAAUGUAUUGACCUGCCUUUUGUAUUUUUAAAGCACAGUGAACUAAAAGUGAAACAUAAUACAGUAUAUCCCUGUAAAGUCCCCCUUGAAAAACUAAUCAGAACUUGAGGUAUCGGUCAGGGUCAACAGACAAAACUCAGACACAAAGCAUGUAAUGUGAAUCCCACCAUCGUAGUGGCCAUCUGAACCAUGUGCUAUAUGAAAGUGCUUUGUGCUGGUUAAUGUCCACCCUGCCCCUGCAGCAAGGCCUCUUACUGCAGAAAGGUUUAACAUCAGGAAACAGGCCUGAAAAGGGCAACGUGGCCUCAUACACACAGUAGCACCUCAGUCUGUUCAAUGACUUCAAAGCUUAAUGCCAAAUUACUAUUCCCUUUAGUGUGAAUAUACUAUGUAUCCAUCAUGUAUUGUCUCCAGUUACACAGUCAGAUUUUUCCUGGGGCAAUAUGUGAAAGAUGUAUAUCUUUAAAUGCAGUAUUCACAUGAGGACAUUACUAGUUUUGCACAAUGAAUCUUGGCUUUAGCUUUAGGGAGCGUUUAAACCUUCAUAUUCACCACUUAUCAAAUUGCAAUUAUAUGUGGAUUGUCAUCUAUAACCUGAUGUCAUUUGCUAUUUUACAAUAAUUAAACUUCAUAAAAAAGAUGAAGAAGUAGACACAUUGUAUGCAUAGGCCAUUGCAUUCUAUUCGACAAUUCAUAGGUACAAUGCCUCCCUCUGGUGGCGUAAAGAAUUUCAACACGUUAGAAGAGGCAAAGGGGAAAGGCAUUGACUUUUAAAAUCUGGAUUCUGCCGUUUCAAAGGAAUGUGCUGGCCAUUGCUAUAUCACCUAUAUUGAUGGAAGAAUGCAAGCACUGCAUGUCACAGGAUGUGUAAUAGGCUCAUGUAGAAUUAUGGAUUUCCACUAAUGCGCCAUACUAGCAACAUCACAUUCUAUCAUGUGGGUUUAUAACGUAUAUCAACGACCAUGCAUGCAUUAGAACUCAGAACUCAACACACUCAUAACAGAAGGCUGAAGACCUUUAAAGAAGACCUUUCAAAGUGUAUGAGGUUACUUGGGAAUGUGGUCAUAUUGUUUGUUUUUAUUGGUUAUCAGUGUUUGGAUACUUCUUCAAAAGUAUUUUCAAAUGGGAAACUGGAGUGUUUUAAACCUUGAAAUGAUUUGACAAACAGGACACUGGUGAGCUGGCCACAGUCAGAUGUGAAUGAUACUGCCCAUACUGAAGUUUAUUGCCGAUUUGUAUGUACGUUGUCUACGCGAUGGUGCUCCUGUUGUAGGUCCCAGGUGGAGUCUCAAGACUGCACACUAAGACUGGGUGUUUGUUGUGUCCUUGAUUUUGGUGAAGUGUGUAUGUUUGUGACUUACGAGGAGCCACUUGGCUUACUUACAGUUCUCCUUUUGUGGUCUUGUUGGAAUGGUGUUUCGUGUGUGGCACUUCUGCCCAAAUGUUUAUUUUAUUUUUUUUUCCUUUUUUGUGAAGCACAAGUAACUAUAUAUCUAUAUACAUAUUCAGCUCUUUAGUAAUGCAAUUCAUCGUGAUGCCAAAUAACUGACUUAUCUGACAGUGUGGACUUACACACGCCAGAUUGGUGUGUUGUCAAUGCACAGUGUACAUUUUCACUGAUCGGUGAUAUUUGGUCCCUGAAGCCAACUACCAGAUUUGAUUGACUCUAAACCCGAUUAGAUAAGCGUCAAUAACCAGCGCAGGCACAUGUUGUCUGUGACUAGCCUUUUGUGGCUACCACUCUGAUGUUAACAUACUCUGCAGAACCACUAUUCACUAUUCGCUGACCCCAACAUCUAAACUUCCUUCACAAAGUAUAUCAGUCCUAGUGUGUGUAUGUUUUUACACAUUAGCAAAAAGGGACAUCAUACAUUAUGUGACAGUUCCAUUAUGUGAUUGAAUGAACCAACAGGGAUAGGCCUACAUUACAAUCCUUGAAGAAAUUACUUUACAUUGUGAGAGAUGGUACGGAUUCUAAAACUGAGCGAUAUGAAUAAGAGGGUUACUUUAGUGUAAGGAAAGUGAUAUCAAAUUCAUCAUGUAACAAGUAACUUUGGUGAUGGAAAGUGACAUACUGGAACAGCAAUUGUUUGCCACAUUUUGUUUCUUCCUUUUUUCCCCUCUCCAGUUCUUUGGAGUGAAUGUCUGUGCACAUCGUAUUCUCAUGUUACCUUUGGCGUUAUGUUGCUUUAAAGCAAUAUCUAAAGUAUUGAGGAGUCCCUGGCCCCACCUGUGUUUCAUAGCCUGUUAUAAGGGCGUUAAUCGAAACAGAAGGAUUAUUGAAGUUCAAUCUCUGAACCCAUCUUCUCUUGUUUGGAGAUGGUAGCAGG